AUGACAGCCCGCAGCAGCAGAAAGCCUCUCAUGCAAAACAUCUCACCCCGAGAGUGCCGAGAAGACGAAGUCUGCAUCAGCAUCAUGUCCACUGCAACCCAGGAUAUCUUUAUCGACCAGCGAGCCGAGCCCUCCAAGAGCGCAGUGUCCACUCUAACCGAGGAAAUCACCGCCUCUCUUGAUGAGCCCCCUCAAACCCAGGGAAUAAUCUCGGCUCUUGAUGCAGUCAAGCCUCAGUUGUUUGGCGGCAAUGAAGUCGACCGUCUGCAGGUUCGCGCUGCUGCACGUCGACUGCUAGCGAGAGUCGAGACUCCCUACGAGCGUGCGUGGGGGUUCUGUUUCGAACACCCUGUGGUGUUCGCCGCUCUGCAGACAUGCAUCGAUCUGGGCCUUUGGAAGUCCUGGACUGGUGCAGGAGGUGGUGAGAAGUCCAUCGACGAACUGGUCCAGCUUACCUCUCCCACCAUUGAAACAAAUCUACUGCGCCGAUUCUUCCGCCUGCUGGCAGCUUUCUAUGUGGUUGAAGAAACCGCAGAGGACAAAUUCAAGCCGACUCCCUUCUCGUACGCCAUCGGCGAUGAGAGCACCAAGGUUCGGGCCUCGCUUCAAGCAGCGUCGUAUCAAUACCUGGCGGCUGGCCAGAACCUGCCGGGCUACUUAGCAAAGACAUCCUACAAAGAACCCACGGACUUCAUGUCGAAUAACUACACCGACACUGACACGGAUAACCUCGACUUCUUCGGGCGACUUCAGCAGAGUCCCACCCACUAUGAAGCUUUCACCGGCCACAUGGAGGCCUGGACCGCAUGGAAGACGCCGUGGACCAAGGUGUACGAUACUUCCAGAUUGCUGGACGGGGCCACUCUGGACAACGGAUCUCCUUUUGUUGUUGAUGUCGGAGGAAACACCGGAAUCGACAUUUCCCAUGUCCUUGCGAAGCACCCGGAACUCCCUGCGGGGGCUCUCAUUCUACAGGAUCUGCCGGAAAUAAUUGCAAAGGCGCAGGUGGAUGACAAGAUAACUGCCAUGGUUCAUGACUUUUGGCUUCCACAGCCGGCGAAAGGGAGUCGAGCCUACUUCAUGCAUGCGGUCCUCCACGACUGGCCCGAUGACAAGGCAAAGCAGCUACUUGCUAAUACUAGAGAUGCCAUGGUCAAGGGGUACUCCAAGCUCCUCGUUUACGACAUCGUUCUCCCUCCAACAGGCGCCAGUAUUAGCCAGACAACAAUGGACGUCGAGAUGAUGUCGCUGCUGUCGGCUGCAGAGCGAACGCAGGGGACAUGGCAGAAGUUGCUGACCGAAGCUGGCUUUAACAUUGUCAACUUCUGGCCCGACCCUCAGCAAUACGAGAUGAUCAUCGAAGCCGAGGUUGCAUAG